AUUUCAAUCGGGACGGGAUUCUCUUCUACCGUUCAUCCCGGUCAGGUAAGGUCCUCGUCGCACCACGGAAAAUCCUCCACAACGACACCAGUCGCGAUUAAGAUAGUUUCCAAGACGAUCAACAGCACAGUAAUUUUCCAAGAGUUGAAAAACAUGGCGAGAUUAAUGAUCCCACGGGAGGGGAAGACGCAUCCCAACGUGAUUUCUUUCUUGGGAGCCUGUUUCCUAAAUUCUGAAACACCAAGUAAUCCUUUAGGACCGGUCAACAUUAUCAUGGAACUUUGUCGCCAUGGAAGUUUGAUCCAGUAUUUACGCCGAAUUAGGGAUGACCCAGAAAACUCACGAGACCCGACACAAUUGGAUAAGUGGUCCCUUCAAGUCGCGAAUGGAAUGACGUUUUUGGCAGAAUUAAAUGUAACACAUUUAGUUCAUAGCGAUAUUGCUGCCCGUAAUGUUCUCUUGGAUGAUAAAUUAGUCGCGAAAAUAUCGGAUUUCGGCAUGUCCAGAAAAUUGUACGAUUACCAAAUGUAUGCCACCCUAGAACAAAAGGAAUAUCCUUGGAAAUGGAUGGCCCCCGAAAGCCUGGAUCGGCUCCAGUUUACCCACCAAUCCGAUGUCUGGUCUUAUGGCGUCUUGCUCUGGGAAAUUUACAGCCUGGGCGAAACCCCGUGGCCCGGGUUGACAUGGACGUCCGAUUUUGUACACAAGUUACACAACGGACUACGACUGGAACGACCUUUUUGGGCGGAUAAAAAUAUAUUUGUAAUCAUGCAAACCUGUUGGCAAUUGGAGCCUGGGGAAAGACCAACAUUUUCUCAAAUUUCGAAACAACUGCUUCAAGAUUUUAUAAUUAACAAAUCAUGAAGUUUUGUCAUGCCGAAAUUACUUGGGCGCAAAAAUUUCAGUUUUCAUUUACUUCUGCUAUUUAUUUUAGCUAGAAAAUAACAACACUUAUUAAUUUGGUGUGAUACAUAAUUGCAGAU